AUGCACACUGCCCUCUGCUCAGUCUGGAGCGUCCACGCGUGUCUCUGUGCGUUCCACCGCCUGGACACACUGCAACACAGUACUUUACUUUACUGUUUGUGUGAGCUGAUCCUCUCCUCUCGCCUCGAACCCAGAGUUAAGAGUCGUUUGUGGAAGAGGAAGGAGGGGCCGAACCGGUGGACUCCCAAAACUGGAUUAUUGCGCGUUCCCUGUGCGGAUUCACGGAGACGCAGCGUUUGGGAGGCGCGGGUUGAAGAAGCGGCAACAACCUGGGAUUUACAGCCGAUCUGUGUGAACUCUUCCCCGCCUGCCCACUCGCUGCUGCUGUCCGAGCAGUCCUCUGCUUGUCAAGCAACCAUGACUAUGGCAGACGACGACAUUCUCUUUGAAGAUGUCUACGAGCUGUGUGAGGUCAUCGGCAAGGGUCCGUUCAGCGUGGUGCGGCGGUGCAUCAACAGAGACACGGGGCAGCAGUUUGCCGUCAAAAUAGUGGACGUGGCCCAGUUCACCUCCAGCCCGGGACUCAGCACGGAAGAUUUGAAGCGGGAGGCCAGCAUCUGUCACAUGCUCAAACACCCCCACAUUGUGGAGCUGCUGGAGACCUACAGCUCCGAUGGGAUGCUUUACAUGGUCUUUGAGUUUAUGGACGGAGCCGACCUGUGUUUUGAGAUCGUGAAGCGGGCAGAUGCUGGCUUUGUUUACAGUGAAGCAGUGGCAAGUCACUACAUGAGGCAGAUCCUGGAAGCUCUCCGCUAUUGCCACGACAACAACAUCAUCCACCGAGAUGUCAAGCCUCAUUGUGUGCUGCUGGCCUCCAAAGAAAACUCUGCUCCUGUCAAACUCGGUGGCUUCGGGGUGGCCAUCCAGCUCGGGGAGUCGGGACUCGUGGCUGGAGGUCGAGUCGGGACGCCACACUUCAUGGCCCCGGAGGUGGUGAAGCGAGAGCCGUACGGAAAACCUGUGGACGUGUGGGGCUGCGGAGUCAUCCUCUUCAUCCUCCUGUCGGGAUGCCUGCCUUUCUACGGCACCAAGGACCGUCUGUUUGAAGCCAUCUGCAAGGGCAAAUACAAGAUGAAUCCGAGGCAGUGGGCACAAAUUUCCGAAAGUGCCAAAGAUCUUGUGCGGCGAAUGCUGAUGCUGGAUCCUGCCGAGAGAAUCACAGUUUACGAGAGCCUCAACCACCCCUGGCUCAAGGAGAGGGACCGGUACGCGUACAAAAUCCACCUGCCAGAAACGGUGGAACAACUACGAAAAUUCAACGCGAGGCGGAAACUCAAGGGAGCAGUCUUGGCCGCUGUGUCCAGUCACAAAUUCAACUCAUUUUACGGAGACCCUCCUGAAGAGCUCACAGAUUUCACAGACGACCCCACUUCCUCAGGGGCUGUUUCUCAGGUGUUGGACAGUUUAGAAGAGAUCCACGCUCUCACAGACUGCAGUGAAAAGGACCUGGAUUUCCUCCACAGCGUUUUUCAGGACCAGCACCUACACACGCUGCUCGAUCUUUACGAUAAGAUCAACAGCCGGUCCUCCCCGCUACUACGGAACCCUCCGAGUGAUGGAGUGCAGAGAGCCAAAGAGAGGCCCUCCCAAGAUGGAGCAAGUGGCGCUUUGAAACAUCUGGAAUAUGUGCUGGAGGAGAUCUCGUGUUAUCCAGAGAACCACGAGGCCAAGGAGCUGAGAAGGAUACUGACACAACCACAUUUCAUGGCGUUGCUUCAGGCGCAUGACGUUGUGGCCCAUGAGGUGUACAGUGACGAGGCGCUGAGGGUGACCCCGCCCCCCACCUCACCGUACCUGAACGGAGACUCGCCGGAGAGCACCAACGGAGACAUGGACCUGGAGAACGUGACCCGAGUGCGACUGGUGCAGUUUCAGAAGAACACAGACGAGCCCAUGGGCAUCACACUGAAGAUGAACGACUCGAAUCACUGCAUCGUGGCCAGGAUUAUGCACGGAGGAAUGAUUCACAGACAAGGAACGCUGCACGUUGGAGAUGAGAUCAGGGAGAUCAAUGGCAUCAGCGUGGCCAAUCAGACGGUCGAGCAGCUGCAGAAGAUGCUGAGGGAGAUGAGAGGAAGCAUCACUUUCAAAAUUGUGCCAAGUUAUCGAAGUCAAGGCUCGUGCGAGAAAGAGUCCCCCAACACGUCCAGGCAGUCCCCCGCUAAUGGCCACUCCAGCAUUAACAGUUCUAUAUUGGAUCUGCCGUCCACCAUUCAGCCAAAGGGUCGGCAGAUUGUUGCCAGACCUCCAAUCAAGGACAAAAUGUCUGUGAAGAUAUAUGUCCGAGCCCAGUUUGAGUACGACCCCUCCAAAGAUGAACUCAUCCCCUGUAAAGAGGCAGGAAUCCGGUUUCGUGUUGGAGACAUUAUUCAGAUCAUCUCCAAAGACGACCAUAACUGGUGGCAGGGAAAACUGGAAAACAUGAAGAACAGCACCGCAGGACUCAUCCCUUCUCCUGAACUGCAGGAGUGGCGUGUGGCGUGUAUAGCCAUGGAGAAGACCAAGCAGGAGCAGCAGGCCAGUUGCACCUGGUUUGGCAAGAAAAAGAAACAAUACAAAGACAAGUAUUUGGCAAAGCACAACGCAGUGUUUGACCAACUAGACCUUGUCACGUAUGAAGAGGUUGUAAAACUCCCUGCUUUUAAAAGGAAAACACUAGUUUUGUUAGGGGCUCAUGGUGUGGGCAGAAGACACAUAAAGAACACGCUCAUAACCAAGCACCCAGACAGAUUUGCCUACCCGAUCCCACACACGACCAGACCUCCAAAGAAGGACGAAGAGAAUGGGAAGAACUACUUCUUCGUCUCCCACGACCAGAUGAUGCAGGACAUCAGCAACAACGAGUACCUUGAGUACGGCAGCCACGAAGACGCCAUGUACGGGACGCGGCUCGAGACCAUCCGCAAGAUCCACCAGCAGGGCCUCAUCGCCAUCCUGGACGUGGAGCCGCAGGCCCUGAAGGUUUUGCGGACCGCUGAGUUUGCUCCAUAUGUCGUCUUUAUCGCCGCACCAACCAUCACGCCAGGAAUAAAUGAGGACGAGUCCCUUCAGCGGCUGCAGAAAGAGUCCGAAAUCCUCCAGAAGACGUACGCGCACUACUUUGACCAGACUAUUAUCAACAAUGAAAUCGACGAGACCAUUCGGCACCUGGAGGAGGCCGUAGACCUGGUGUGCACGUCCAGCCAGUGGGUGCCUGUGUCCUGGGUUUACUGA